AUGACGGAGUUAUAUUUCAACGAUCGCCGUGUUGAUGGUCGGAAAGCGUCUGAACUUCGCGCUAUUCAAUGCGAAUUCUUACCUGGAUUAGCAGAUGGCUCUGUACUCUUGCAGCAAGGAAAUACCAAAGUUACCGCAUCGGUGUUUGGACCGCAUCCUUGCAACCUCAAAGCGGAUGAAACCCCUGAUGAGGUGUAUGUUACUUGUCGCUACAAUCGGCCUCCAUUCAUCAGUACAUCUGGAAACCGCCAAAAACAUACAUACACAGACAAAGUUGCUGCUGAGUAUUCGAUGACCAUCGAGGAGAUUUUCUCGACACUGAUUCGUGGGUUGGUGUAUCCCAUGGCUCAGAUCGAUAUAUUCAUCGAAGUUCUUCAGUCGGAUGGCUCAGAAUUCAGCGCAGCCGUCAAUGCCGCUAGCCUAGCUCUAGCGGUUGCUGGUAUCGAGAUGAUAGACUUUGCAGUGGCCUCAACCGUCGGCUUUUAUGGAUCGCGACUCUUCGCCGACCUAUGCCGUUAUGAAGAGAACUCUCGCGUUACUCAGUUCACCGUCGUCUGCCUCCCUGGCAACCCAGAACCCAACCCAGACAUUCCCAGUGUGGAUCUUGCUCUUCCACCACAGUCGGUGGACGCGUCCCACUGUCUGUACGGCGCCCGCCUCCUUCACACACGCCUCUCAUCAUGGCUGCCCUCUGAAAAACUGAUCAGUCUUAUACGCAGCGGUGUUGAGGUGGCUACGGUUAUACACAGGGAACUCUCUGAUAACUUGAAACGACAUGUAAAGCUCUCGGAGCGCAUGUAA